CACUGCCGGCGGAAGUGGAGCCCUCCGCGAGGGCGCGCGGCCGCCCGGGACGGGCGAGAAAACUGGACUGUAGGGUUGGACCGAGCCAGCGAUGGGUACGCGGGCGAACGGUGCAAAGCUGUACGCGGACUCGCGAGGUACCGAGGACGCAGCACAGCGGCGGUGGGGAGAGAAGGCGCCCGGCAGCCUGGCUGCCCGCGCAGAGAGCAUCAUGGCAGAACAGGUGGCCCUGAGCCGGACCCAGGUGUGCGGAAUCCUGCGGGAAGAGCUGUAUCAGGGCAAUGCCUUCCAUCAAUCUGAUACACAUAUCUUCAUCAUCAUGGGUGCAUCGGGCGACCUGGCCAAAAAGAAGAUCUACCCCACCAUCUGGUGGCUGUUCCGGGAUGGCCUUCUGCCCGAAGACACCUUCAUCGUGGGCUACGCCCGCUCCCGCCUCACAGUGGCCGACAUCCGGAAACAGAGCGAGCCCUUCUUCAAAGCCACACCAGAGGAGAAGCCCAAGCUGGAGGAGUUCUUUGCCCGCAACUCCUAUGUGGCUGGCCAGUAUGACGACACGGCCUCCUACGAGCGCCUCAACAGCCACAUGAAUGCCCUCCACCAGGGGCCACAGGCCAACCGCCUCUUUUACCUGGCCUUGCCCCCCACAGUCUACGAGGCAGUCACCAAGAAAAUCCACGAGACCUGCAUGAGCCAGACAGGCUGGAACCGUGUCAUUGUGGAGAAGCCCUUCGGGAGGGACCUGCAGAGCUCCGACAGGCUGUCCAACCACAUCUCCUCCUUGUUCCGUGAGGACCAGAUCUACCGCAUCGACCACUACCUGGGCAAGGAGAUGGUCCAGAACCUCAUGGUGCUGAGGUUUGCCAACAGGAUCUUUGGCCCCAUCUGGAACCGGGACAACAUUGCCUGCAUCAUCCUCACUUUCAAGGAGCCCUUUGGCACUGAGGGCCGUGGGGGCUACUUUGAUGAAUUUGGGAUCAUCCGGGACGUGAUGCAGAACCACCUCCUGCAGAUGCUAUGUCUGGUGGCCAUGGAGAAGCCUGCCUCCACGGACUCGGAUGACGUCCGUGAUGAGAAGGUCAAGGUGUUAAAGUGUAUCUCAGAGGUGCAAGCAGACAACGUGGUCCUGGGCCAGUAUGUCGGGAACCCCAACGGAGAGGGGGAGUCCACCAAAGGGUACUUGGAUGACCCCACAGUGCCCCGCGGGUCCACCACUGCGACCUUUGCCGCCGUCGUCCUUUAUGUGGAAAACGAGAGGUGGGACGGGGUGCCGUUCAUCCUGCGCUGUGGCAAAGCGCUGAACGAGCGCAAGGCUGAGGUGCGUCUGCAGUUCCGCGACGUGGCUGGCGACAUCUUCCAGCAGCAGUGCAAGCGCAAUGAGCUGGUGAUCCGCGUGCAGCCCAACGAGGCCGUGUACACCAAGAUGAUGACCAAGAAGCCCGGCAUGUUCUUCAACCCUGAGGAGUCCGAGCUGGACCUGACCUACGGCAACAGAUACAAGAACGUGAAGCUCCCCGAUGCCUACGAGCGCCUCAUCCUGGAUGUCUUCUGUGGGAACCAGAUGCACUUUGUGCGCAGUGACGAGCUCCGGGAAGCCUGGCGGAUCUUUACGCCCUUGUUGCACAAGAUUGAGCGCGAGAAGCUCCAGCCCAUCCCUUAUGUUUAUGGCAGCCGAGGCCCCGCGGAGGCAGAUGAGCUGAUGAAGAGAGUGGGCUUCCAGUACGAGGGCACCUACAAGUGGGUGAAUCCCCACAAGCUCUGAGCCCUGAGCCCCAGGUCCCCACCCCACCCACCUUGGCCCCGUCUGUCUUCGUCCUUCCCCCCUCCCUGCCCCCCCCAGCCUCACAUCGGGAGGGCUUCAGGACCAUAGGCCUUAGCCUCACAUUCCUGGCCCCCAGCCACCCUGGGCCUAGCUACAUUCCGCAACCACCAAGCACUCGAGACUCGCGCUGUGACCAUCUCUAGCUGCCACUGACCCUUCCUGAGCCAGCUUCUGUCCACUGGACUGAGCCCCAGCAGAAGGAAGCAGAGUGGCUUUUCCACCUGUCCUGGGCUCCUCCACCUAGGACAGGAGUGAGGGAUGACGGAGGGGACAGUGGGCGGGCAUCCGUGGGCCAGUGGCCACCCCACACUCCUGCUGGCUAUGAGCAAGGUCCUUGGAACUGGCGGGAAGGGGUCAAAUGUUUUCACACCAGUCUCAGUGCCACUCGACAUUCCUGGUCACCUGCUGGAAGGGACCUCCCUGCUGCCCAGCAGUCCCCGGUGUCUUGGGCCCCCUGAAUGCCCCUCUGCCCCCCCCCAGCUCUCCCCACUACCCCAGUUCUGCACUCCAUGGCCCACCCACUUCAGUGCACCUACAGGGGGCCCCCUUGCCACUGGAAAAGCAGAAAUAGCCAGUGGCGCACCCCAUCUCAGCCCCUGCCAUUAAAUCCACAAACACA